CCCCUUGCUACAUUCAAAUUCUCAACGCAAAUUAAAUUCCAAGAAAUUUUUUAUUUUAUUUUUUUUUAUUUUUUUGGAAAAAAUGGCGAAGCAAGAGACUAACAGUGAUGGAAGCUCUGUUGUCUCCGAUCUCAUCCACUUCUUAAACGCUUCUCCUACAGCUUUUCACGCCGUCGAUGAGGCAAAGAGGCGAUUGAGAAAUGUCGGAUACGUACAAGUUUGCGAGAGAGAGGAUUGGAAGUUGGAACCUGGCAAGCGAUAUUUCUUCACUAGGAAUCACACUACAAUAGUUGCCUUCGCCAUUGGUAAAAAAUACGUUGCUGGAAAUGGAUUUUAUGUGAUCGGCGCUCACACUGAUAGUCCUUGCAUCAAGUUGAAGCCUAAUUCCAAGGUAACGAAAGGUGGGUUUUUGGAGAUUGGGGUUCAGCCAUAUGGAGGUGGUUUAUGGCAUACAUGGUUUGAUCGUGAUUUGACAGUGGCAGGACGGUUGAUAGUAAGAGAUGAAAAGGAUGGCUCUGUUUCCUUUUCACAUCGUCUGGUUAGAAUCGAGGAGCCCAUUAUGCGUGUCCCCACACUGGCAAUUCACUUAGACAGAAACGUCAAUAGCGAUGGGUUUAAGGUGAACACACAGAGUCAUCUUCUUCCUAUCUUGGCAACGUCCGUUAAGGCAGAGCUCAAUAAAGUGAUUGCGAAAAUUGGUCCUGAUGGAAAUGGGGAAACUGAUGGGAAGAAAUCGACCAUUUACUCAAAGCAUCACUCAAUUCUACUAGAGAUGAUUGCAAGUCAGAUUGGCUGCAAACCAGAUGAUAUAUGUGAUUUUGAAUUACAAGCAUGUGAUACUCAACCAAGUAUAAUAGGUGGUGCUGCUAAAGAAUUUGUUUUCUCUGGAAGGCUCGAUAAUCUUUGCAUGUCAUUUUGCUCUCUAAAGGCAUUGAUAGAUGCUACAUCUUCAGAAAGCGAUCUUGAGGAUGAGAGUGGUGUUAGAAUGGUGGCAUUGUUUGAUCAUGAGGAGGUUGGAUCUGAUUCAGCACAAGGAGCUGGGUCUCCUGUAAUGUUAGAUGCUCUAUCACGGAUCACAAGCUCCUUCAAAUCAGAUUCUAAGCUGCUUCAAAAAGCAAUUCAAAGGAGUUUCCUUGUAUCUGCUGACAUGGCACAUGCACUUCAUCCCAAUUAUAUGGAAAGACAUGAGGAUAAUCAUCAGCCCAAGAUGCAUGGGGGGCUCGUGAUCAAACACAAUGCAAAUCAACGCUAUGCAACCAAUUCGAUCACUUCCUUUCUAUUUAGGGAGAUAGCAUCAAAGCACAACCUUCCAGUUCAGGAUUUUGUGGUCCGCAAUGACAUGCCUUGUGGUUCGACCAUUGGUCCAAUACUAGCAAGUGGUGUGGGGAUUCGUACAGUCGAUGUAGGUGCCCCACAAUUGUCGAUGCACAGUAUCCGAGAGAUGUGUGCAGUUGACGACGUCAAGCAUUCCUAUGAGCAUUUCAAGGCUUUCUUCCUAGAGUUCUCUCAUCUGGAUGCAAAGAUUGCAGUUGACAUGUAGGUCUCUAGAUGUUUCAAUACUUUUAAAGGCAUCCGUGUCUGAAUGAUAGCAUUGUUCCAUUACAGAUUGCGGUAUCAAUGUUGUGACAGCUUUGAAAUAUUUAAUAAGUCCCAGCUCAUUUUAUUUUUGAAGACAUUAGAAAA